AUGCUCAAAAAUUUUAAUGGAGACGGUACUAAAGUAUUCUCUAAGAAGAAAACAACAUUUAAUAAACCGCAAUUAGAUGCACCUGGCAACUUGAGUGAUGUUUGGACUGUGCUUAGAAAUAUCAAUAAGUUUCAAUUUAGGCCGUCGCCUCCAGCCUCAGAAGAAAGCACCACACCAAUGAAAAAGAAAUCACAGAAAAGAAGACCAAGUCGUAAAGACGCACGAGUGAUUGAGACUUGUCAUACUGAAGAGUUUGCAUACAUAUCUAGUUAUGAAGUAGAUGAUAAAUCUCACCGUACUUUCUCACCAUCCUCUAGUGCAGACCGAAUCACGGUUAUUGACAAACAAAGUGAAUUUAGCAAAAUAUGCAAAGAAUUUGAAAAACGACUUACCCACGAUUUUGUUAAAGACAAUAGUAAUACUGGUAAUCCGAAAAUUAAAAGGCGAUUAAGAAGCCCCAGAAAGAAUAUGAAAGCCUUAACUAAUAUCGGAGCAAAAGAACAUAAACCUACUUUGAAAAAAAAGAAGAAAAAAGCGAAACGCCCUGUCGAUGAACAAAGUAAAAGUGCACCAACUAAUAGCAGCGGAAAUAGAGAUUCUCUAUUGGAUGCUGAGACAUUAAAAAUCUAUUGUAAUUCCGAUGUAUCGUCAAAUAACGCUAAAUUUAAUGACAGUACAUGCCGUAUUGACGGAAGUUUCGUUUAUUCAGAUUAUUCAGGUUCAAGCAAAGCUGAACUUUCUCAAAAACAGGAUAAACUAGAAAAUUUCGAGAAAACAAUAGCAAUUUCCAGUUCUCUAUUAAAUGGCUCAACUCCGGUAGCCGUGAAUAAAGACCAAUUUUUGAUUGCUAGUUCAAUAGCGCCUAAACAAUGUGAUCUACCGAAAAGGAAACCACGAUUGGUCACGACAAUGCCUAGUUCCAAUAUAAUGCCAAAAUUAACUCAAACUGAAAUAAAAAGGAGAUUGGCAAAUAUUAGGUUUCCAAUAGUCAUCUUAGGAAAAGAUCAAGUCAGUUCAGGUAUAAAAGUAAUGGAUCACGAUCCCCCACAAUUCGGUGGCUUAGAAGACCACAUAUGGCCAUUUAUGGUGGAUUGGUCUACAACUACUACGAAAGAUGCCACGCAUAAAGAUGUCACCGUAAACAAAAAAAAUGUUUCUGUUGUGUCAGACACAAAUUCAAUCAAAUCGUGCCAAGCCAGUACAGAAAUGAUCACACGCAAUCGAUCACCGGAAAUUUAUAAAGAGAAGAAACGAAUUAUUAUUGAAACAGCUUCUACAAAUAAAGGGAAGAUUGAGGUUAAAAAGCCACCUUCUCCAGAUAUUUCUGAUAAGAUAUUGCAAUGUUCCAAGAAGCAAAAAUCUAUAGUACAAUUGAAAGACAAAAUGUUGAACUUUUUAUAUAAGAAGACAUCUAACCGAACCAUUAAUCCUAAAUCUGAUCAAAAUGCUCAAAGCAAACCCAAAUGUCCCGUUAUCACUGAAAAACAAUUUGUUGGCACUGAAAUUCAACUGAAGCCUACAAAUCCUUCAGUACUUAACGAGGUGACUAAGAAAAAAUAUUUUCCCAGCUCGAUUCCAACAGUGGGAAGAAACAGGAAACCCCAAAAUUAUACAUAUCCUUGGGCCAAAGCGAAAUGGGCAAGUGACUUCAUAGAAAAUGUUAUUAAGAAAAUACGAAACGGAGUUUAUUACAAUCAAGAACUAAAAGAUUUUAGUCAGAUAUUUCCAAUGGAUUUCAAAGAAGUUUCAGUACAAGUUGGAUCAUCGUGCGAUUCAUCAGAUUUUACACAAACUUUUGAUGGUGAUACAGAUCCUUUGCAAGAUCUUAUAGAACCUCUUGGUAUACCAGGUUUUAAUCAAACACUACCCGUACUUGAAGUCAAAACACUAAACGUAAACCAAAUUACAGUAAAACACCGUGUUACAAAUGUUAUGAUACAGUUUGACGUAACAGUUCCAGCUAAGAAGACCAGAAGAGCCAGUAGCUUCACUAAAGCUUUACCUUUAAUUCCAUUAGAGGUGACCAAUAGUCAUACGAAAGUAUACAAAUGUAAAACAACUAUUUUCAAUGGAAUGCUACCUGCGGAGAUAUGCAGCAUUCUACCGAAAAUAAUGAACAAUAUCAUCCAUUCAACAAAUAAAAACAUAAGCACAGAUCGCAUUUUUCCAAUAUGUGCAACAAAAAACGAGUCUUGUUUAUCCACAAUAACAGAACAAACUCGGUUUGAGAAUGCUGAAUCCUUGAGUCUCAAAUUAUUAAAUAGUAGCCUAACAUCAAAAUUGAGAAUUGUUAAGGGAUGUUUCCCAAAUAAAGUGCACAUUAAACCGAUUGUUCAGAAAUGCGUUUUACAAAUUGAUUACCACAAUUGUUCCGUGGCAGAUCUAUUACCCCAGGUUUCAUUGGAUGAUUUACUUCAGUAUGAAGUGGGUCCAUUAGCUGUUGAACUGGACACUUGCAAAUAUGCACAAUCGCAAUUACCUUCAAACAAACCUCAAGAGGUGUUAAGUGUUACUGAUGUCGUGCCAUCUACUUGCACUACUUUGGCAAUAUACACUGAUAAUAGUAGUAGCACUGACAAAAUUACGGCGGUUCCUUGGUGUUAUGAUCUUACGGAUAUGAUGAAAAAUAUACUGUGUAAUUAUAACUUACAAAUACAGUUUAAUUUAAGCUCGUAUUUUGAAACGGUUAAACUGCAAUAUGAUGGUCAAAAUGUUAAACUAAAUUUGUUGAUCACUAAUUACAAUAGUGUACAAAAAAAUGUCGCGGUGACUGUAAGCAACGUAAAAAUUGCUUCACUGUUUAAAGCUUUCCAUAAAAGCAACGUCAACAAGAGAGUGCGGAGCAAAGCUCCUUUAAAAUGUAUAGAAUACGUAAAUACAGCUUUAGCGAACAGAACGAAAAGCACCGAAGUAAACCAAGUCACAUUUAACAAAUUCAAAAGGAAAGGAUUACAUAGACUUUAUAGAAAAUGUAAAUCGACAACUAAUUUACCGUUAUCAGGAGACAAAAAUCCUAAUACACCACUAAAUAAAAUCACAACUAUGGAUGAAUUCUUUCAAGUUCUUGGUUCCAAGAAAUUGCUUUCUAGUGUAUUUGAUGGGUAUUCUUCUGAGAAAAUUUUGACUUCUAUAAUGGAGAUGAAGAAUUGGAUAACCGAAAUAAGUGCGAAGCAGGCCUUACUGAUAUUAUUACUAACAAAUAAGAAGGAGACGCCUAAUUUAGUGCGAUUCAGGCCAAUAAUUCUGCAAGGCAUCGCAGUAAACAGGAUCACUCGUGCUACUGAAUUAGACAUGGAGAUUGAAGUCAUAGAAAGAGAAAAUUUAAACAAAUUUUCGCAGGUAGUUUUCCACACAAACAUAACGUAUGGAAAAAAUAUUUAUACUUAUAGUAAAUUCGAAGGAAUAUCUUACUUGCCGGCUUCUGUCACGAACUACGACAAUCUUCUAGAAGAGUUGUAUUGGAUAGCUAAGACUACUGCUUCGGAUUAUCAAAGACCUUUUGAUGAGUCUUCAGAAAGGCUUUUGAAAUCUUUAUUGGAAAAACGCAAGAAGCUAAAUCCUUCGUAUCUUCGAGUAAUGGCACGCUAUGUGGGCCUAGGACUACUAAAACCGCCAGCAAAAUGUUAA